AACGAGCGGAUUGACCGGGAGCAGGUGUGCGAAGCCGGAGGAACCUGCCUGCUCCACCUGCAGCUCCUCGUUGAGAGCCCGCUGGAGCUCUACCGCGUCGAAGUGGAGGUGCUGGACAUCAAUGACCACGCGCCCACAUUCCCCUGGCAGGAGUAUGUGUUGGAGGUGGCCGAGUCUGCCACGCUUGGUGCCCGCUUCCCACUGGAGAGCGCCCAGGAUCCUGACAUGGGUACCAACUCGGUGCACACCUACCGGCUCAGCCCCAACAGGUUCUUUUCGCUCGAGGUGCAGACACGCAGCGAUGCCAGCAAGUUUGCAGAACUGGUGCUGGAGCGGGCCCUUGACCGUGAGCAGCAACGCACGCACUCUCUGCUGCUCACGGCUCUCGAUGGUGGUGUCCCUGAGCGCUCGGGCACAGCUCACAUCCUCAUCACAGUGCUGGAUGCGAACGACAAUGUGCCUGCCUUUGACCAGCCUUCGUAUGGUGUGAGCCUUCCUGAGGAUGCCCCUGCUGGCACCCUGGUCAUCCAGCUCAAUGCUACUGACCUGGAUGAGGGCCCCAACGGGGAGAUUGAGUACUCCUUCAGUGGGCACGCACCACCACGUGUCCGGGACCUCCAUGAGCUCUACGUGCAAGCCAAGGACCAUGGACCCUCAGCUGUGGCCGUGCACUGCCGGGUGCUGGUGCAUCUCCUCGAUGUGAAUGACAAUGCACCAGAGGUGACCCUCACAUCUGUGUCCACGCCCGUGCUGGAGGAUGCCCCACCAGGCACCGUCAUCGCUGUCAUCAGUGUUCUGGACCGUGACUCUGGGGACAACGGGCGUGUGAGCUGUGAGGUCGGCCCUGACAUGCCCUUCGAGCUCCGCUCCUCCUUCCACAACUACUACACACUAGUCACCACGCAGGCGCUAGACCGGGAGGUUGUGCCCGAGUACAAUGUAAGCAUCACGGCACGGGACAUGGGCUCACCUGCUCUGCUGACCCACAGCACCCUCACCGUCCCGGUGUCCGAUGUGAACGACAAUGCUCCACACUUCCUGCAGCCCUCCUACAGCGUCUAUGUGAUGGAGAACAACGCACCAGGUGCCUCCAUCUGCUCCGUCAGCGCAUUGGACCCUGACUGCCAACAAAACGCCUACCUUUCCUACUCCAUUGCUGAUGGGCACAUCCAUGGCAUGCCUGUGGGCACGUACGUGUCUAUCAACUCGGACAGCGGGCACAUGUAUGCCCUGCGCUCCCUUGAUUAUGAGCAGAUCCGCAGCUUCCAGAUCCAGGUGCAAGCACAGGAUGCGGGUUUCCCCCCACUUAGCGCCAACGUCACCGUCCACAUCUUUGUGCUGGACCAGAACGACAACGCUCCAGUCAUCGUUUCCCCCAUGCCGCGCAAUGGCUCUGUGGCUACUGAGCUGGUGCCGCGAUCAGCCGGGCCUGGCUACCUCGUGGGCACUGUGUCAGCGGUGGAUGCGGAUGCGGGGCUGAACUACCAGCUCCUCCAAGCCACUGACUUCACCCUCUUCAGCUUGGCACCCGACACAGGUGAACUGCGCACCCUCCGCUCCUUUCUGGAGCAGGAUGCAAGCCGGCAGCGGCUGGUCGUGCAGGUGCGUGACAGCGGGCAGCCCGCCCUCUCAGCCACCGUGUCCCUCGUGCUUUCAGUGGUGGAGACCAUGCCUCAGACUCUCUCUGACUUCAGCGAGUUCAGCCUCCCCCCAGAGGACUCCUCAUCCUCCCCACUCACUCUCUACCUCCUUGUCUCCCUGGGCUCCAUCUCCUUCACCUUUCUCCUCGCCAUCCUCAUCCUCACAGCCAUUCGGUGCCGUGGAGAGCGGCGCUCCUGCCAAGGUGGCAGCUGCGCACUGCCCCGCUGCCAGUGCUGCCCCAGGUCCAGACCCUCCCCUGAUGGCCUGAAGACGUCCAACCUUAUGGCACAGCCCUCCACAGGGACCACUUGCCUCAACGUGCCUGGGGGUGGCCCCCCAGGCUACUGCUACAAGGUCUGCCUUGGUCCUGAGUCUGCCCAGAGUGACUUCAUGUUCCUCAAACCCUGCAGCCCCCCUCCAAACAACAAGAAGGACCCUGGGAAGUGGUCCCAUCCUGGCCAGCAUCUCCAGGUCUCCAAGCAGAUCAAACAGCCCAACAUGGAUUGGCUGCCUCCCAGCACACAGCGACCUACCCUGAAGAGCUCCCAGAGCCUGGAGGACGUGGGGGAAAUCCGCAGAGCCCUCCAGAAGGAGCACGAGAGGCUGUGCACACUGGUGACCCCUGUCUCUGAGUUUCAGAAGGCUUCAGCAGGCUCCAACAGCACCUGGACAUCCCAGUACAGCCCCUUGUACCCGGGACACCUCCCAGGCCCGGAUUAUCAGCACAAUGUCUACAUCCCCGGCACGUCCACUCUGCUUUCCAGUAAAGACGGGCCACUCUUCCUGGGCUGGGAGAACAAGAACAGCUUCUCCACCUUUGGCAAGAGGAAGAAGAUGACAACUUACUGUGACGUGCAUGACAGUGUGGUUAUCAACAAUGACCUGAAAUAG